AUGGUGGACCCUAUUUGCGCAGACGACGUGGAAAAGUUUUUAGAAGAAAAUCCAGAAUUCACUAAAAACUGGAUUUCUAAAAACAAUGCUAAUACUUCUGAAGAGAAAGUUGUUGUGGUUCCGUCUUUAAGACAUUCAUUUAUAGAUUGCGUUAAAAUGAUUAUUUCUCGAAACAGCAGCAUUGGUGUAAACAAGAAAACGGUAUUAACCGCAAAGGACACUUACAGAGAAAUCAUGAAGGAAUUGGUUUCCGAGCUUAAUGAAGAUAAAUUGUGUUAUGCAAUUCUUCAGAACACGUGUAUUUUGCUCCAGUGUAGUAGCGCGAGUAUUUAUUUGGCUCGAGGUACCGGAAAGACGCGUUAUCUUUUAUCUAAAUACGUCGACGUGACCGCUACUUCUGACAGAAAUGAAACCCUUCGUUCAGAACCCGAUACCAUUUGUAUACCAUUCGGUGAAGGAAUCUUGGGUUAUGUAGCUGAAAGUAAGCGUUCUUUGAACAUCAAAGAUGUCACUCGGUCUCAUUAUUCUUUAAGUGAUGACAAAUCGAUUGGACUUCAAGUCCAAAGUAUUUUUUGUAUGCCGAUUCUAAAUAAAAACGAUAAUGUAAUGGGUGUUGUUAAUGUCCAGAACAGCAAAGAAAAUACUAAUUUUUCUUUAGAAGAUGAAACAUUAUUUGAGAACUUAUUAUCCGUUUGUGGAAUCAGUAUAGAUAAUGCUCAUUUGCUUCAAGUUUGUCUUGAAGAAUUUAAACGCCACCAGUUAUUACUAAAGCUCACGAACUGCAUUUUGAAGGAACAGAACAAUCUACCAAAGCUUAUUUCUCAAAUUUUGCACCAUGCCAUGGCGCUGAUUGAGAGUAGUAAUAUCAGCAUCUAUUUAACUGACAGUAACAAAGAAACAGUUGGUCCAAAUAUGAAUUCUAAAGUGUUUCAAUUAUUGAGAGAAGAGAAAGAAGCAAAAGAAGUGACAAUAGAUAGGAAAUUUAUAAAACCUGUUGAAAAUAAUUUGAAGAGUGAAAAUGUAUUCGAUGUUUUCAAUUUAAAAUGUUCUUCUGAAAUCUCGCUUCCAAAUCUCAAAAACAGCGAAAGGUGGUUACUUGUUAUGCCAAUAAAAGAUUCCACGGGAAACGCUAUUGGUUCUAUUAUGUUUGUCAGGGAUUCGGUGGACAAUUUCAGUGAAAAUGAUAUCAAUAUGAUGAAAGUAUUUACAACAUAUUGCGGUUUGAGUAUCUUCAACUGUCGUUUGUACGAGAGUUCAGCUAAGUCGGUGUCUCGGGCGAAAAUAAUCAAUGAUAUUAUUGCCUACCACGUGACGUGUGAUCAAAAAACAAUCGAUCGUUUUCUAUCAAUGGAAAUGAAAUCUUCAGAACACUAUCAAAUAUACAAUUUUCACUUCGAUGAUUCAUUAUACACAGAUGGUGAUACUGUUUUAAUAUGUGCCCGGUUGCUUUUAAAUCUUGAUGUUGUAAAUGUUCUGAAUAUAUCUAUGGCUUAUUUGUAUAGGUUUAUUGUAACAGUGAAAGACAACUAUCGUCCACUUACCUACCAUAACUGGCGCCAUGUUUUAAACGUUACACAAUCAAUGUUCUGUAUGUUGACUACAGGUAAAUUACAGACUUACUACACGAAAUUCCAAAUGAUUUGUUUAUUAAUUGCUUGUUUGCUUCAUGAUCUUGAGCACAGAGGGCAGAAUAAUUCGUUCCAAGUGAGAGUAGCAUCUUCGCUUGCUACAUUGUACAGUACGUCUUUCCUAGAGCACCGUCAUAUAAGUCGAAGCAUGAUGCUAUUGAACAAAUCCGGAACUGAUAUCUUUAAAAAUCUUCCGGUUGAAAAGUAUCGAGAGGGUUUCAGACUAAUAGAGAAAGCAAUCCUUGCCACGGAUCUCAGGAACCAUUUUGAGAAUAGGAGCAUUUUUAAACAUGAAAUACAAAGUGAUCACAGAACGUUUGAUUCUCUUGAAAGUAUUGAUUUACUAAUUGGCAUGAUGAUGACUGCAGCUGAUCUGUCGGUUGCGACUAAGCCAUGGGAAAUUCAAAGAAAGACCGCCAUCAAAGUCAUAUCUGAAUACUUCGAUCAAGGAGAGCCGGGUAAAGCUUUAAAAUCUUAUGUGUUUCCUUUGGUGGAUCGCGAGAAAAAAUAUGAAAUAACUAAGGCACAAGUUGAUUUUAUUGAUUUUGUGUGUAUGCCGAUUUAUAAACUUUUGGUAAAGUUAGAAACGCGUUUGAGACCAUUAUAUGACGGGUGCAUCGCAAACGGAACGCGCUGGCGUCUUAUUGCUGCUGAUAAAGAAAAGUUUAAUAUCGAUGAAGAAUUAAAUUUUGUUUCACAUCAGAGAUUAAGAGUUAACCAACCAAAACAGUACCAAGAAUUCCGAAGUAGCUCAAUGGAUAUUCAAAAUCGAAAUAACAAGAUUUUAGAACCAAUAUUAGAUGAAUUUCGAUCACCUAUAGCAUUAAAUUUAAUUACAGAACAUAAUCCCUCCCUAUGGUGUCAUUCACAACCAUUGUUAGUGCCUAAACUAAACAAGCUUACUAAGUUAAAAUCACCAAUUUCUGCUUGUUCAUGGCAAGAAAACAUUGUGAAGUUAACUAUGGCUGUGCCUCAUAAAAAAGUUGAAAUAAAUGAGAAAUCUUGUCAGACAGACAUGCAAAUCGUUAAAUUACACCCCGGAAACACCGUACAAAUAUAUAAUCCCAAAGGUAAACUUACUUCAGAAGGUCCGAUGAAAGUUAGUCUUCCAGUUAAAACAACUUAUUCAACCACAGUUCAUUCAGAUAUCAAUGAAUCUACGACUGGCAAACGCUCGAAUAGCAUUGCUAAAUCUAUGCAACGUCGAAAUUAUAUCCCGACAUUGGCUCUUUCACCGAAUUCACUGGGAACACCAAUAGGCGUGAAAACACUCAUAAAACAUACUAAUUCGACUCGCCUUUUUGAUAAUGUUAAACACGUCGUCACCGAUGAUAUUUGUAGAGUUUCUGAAAAACUAAACGGGAAAAUACGGCGAAAUCUGACUGUAAAUGAAUAUAAUGAGGUUCCUACUGUAGAAUAUGACUUUACACCAAAUAUUAAUCAGUUUCGAAGGCGAAAAUGUUUGAAGAAAAUUCCCAUUAAUAUGAAGGACGAGCAAGUUAUUUUGAAGAGUUAUUUGUGUGUGAUUUCAUAA